GCCCCUCCUUUUCUCCCCUCCCCCCCCGUUGUGGAGCCAACAGCAAGUAUAAAAGGGUUCCAGGGUAGGUAGGGAGCACCUGCCAGCUGCACCAUGAUGGGGGCCGGUGCCCUCGCGCUGCUCUGGGCUGCCUCGCUCCUGAUCUCCAGUGGAAAUUGUGGCAUUUGCCCAGCCGUGAAAAAAGACGUUUACAUAUUCCUGACGGGAUCCCCAGAUGAAUAUGUUGCACAAGUGAAAAAAUACCAAAAUGACUCUUUAAUAUUGGCCAAUGCCAGAAAACUGAAGAACUGCAUUGACCAGAAACUGACAGAAGAGGAUAAGGAGAAUGCUAUCAGCGUGCUGGUUGCCCCAAGUGAUGAUGGAGACAUGCCACUCCUUCAGCUGCACGUGUCCACAGGACAGGAGGACACAAUAGACUAAGCUCCCCUCCUGGAAACUCCCAAGUGCUCUGGGACCCACCAGUCCUCCUCAGCAGCCUCUUCCUGUUCUAUCUAGCACUGCCCUCCACUUCACCAUGGUGACCCUUCCUCCUCUUUCUGUUCCAUUGGUGGAAGCUUCUAGGUACAGCCUGGGAUUUUCUUGUGGUGCAGGAGAUAGUGAGGAACCCACUUUUACCUGCUCAGAUCCAAGGGUUACCAUUCCAAUAGGGCUGCCGGCCCCCCUCAGAAGGCCCAGGUCGUGUCCAAUGUAGCUGGAUGUCUUC